UCGCCAGUGCGCAUGUGCCACUCCACACACGUGCAGUUAACGGCUGGGUCUGCUGCAUGUAGAAGAGUCUGUCAGGCUUUAGCGAAACAAAACAUUAGUUUAUUUUCACAGAAACAGCCCGGUGUUUGUCCUCUGGAGCGCAGCUGAAAGGCAGCAGUCCUCAGUGAAGCAUUUCGCCGAGAGGGCCAGAAAUUCAACAAUAACAACAACAACAACAACAUCCACGAUGACUGAAGCUGAGGUGAACCCCAAGGCCUACCCGCUGGCCGACGCCACCCUGACCAAGACCAUCCUGGACCUGGUGCAGCAAGCCUCCAACUACAAGCAGCUGAGGAAGGGGGCCAAUGAAGCCACUAAAACCCUGAACCGCGGCAUUGCUGAGUUCAUUGUGAUGGCUGCUGACGCCGAGCCUCUGGAGAUCAUCUUGCACCUGCCGCUGCUCUGCGAGGACAAGAACGUCCCGUACGUGUUUGUGCGCUCCAAACAGGCCCUGGGCCGGGCCUGUGGGGUGUCCCGCCCCGUCAUCGCUACCUCAGUCACCAUAAAGGAGGGAUCGCAGCUCAAACCUCAGAUUCAGUCUGUUCAGAUGUCGAUUGAGAGACUGCUUGUGUGAUGAUGAUGACAUGCACACUGAUGAAGGAUGUCUCCUGAAAGGGGAAGACUGAUUUCAGAAAAUAUUCCUUUUUUAUUAUUAUUAUUAUUAAAAAAAAAUAUGUGGCAUACCCAGGGGUUAUUUCACAAAGUAGGGCUGCCAAGUCAGCCAAAUAUCUUUGAAACAUUAAGAAAUUUCUUCUUAAAUUUUGUUUAAUUGUAUCGGUUAACAUGCAUUAUUGAAUCAGCUUCAAGUUUUGCUUUGUAAAAUAGCCACCUGGAAAUACAGCUGUAGGUUUUUAUUUGUUUUACUUUCCAGGGCAAUGACAGUGGUCUGUUUCAUUGUUUUAGUUUGCCAAGUCAUAAACUGAUGUUUUGUAAUAAAACAGAAUUUCUACUGAA